AUGCACUUGCACAUCCUGUGUAUGGUGUGGGCUUCAUCUGUCAUUUUUCUGCAAGGCAGGUCUGUGCUCUGUAAGGAAAUGAAGCUCCCCAGCAGGGCAGCCAAGGCCCCCUCUCCAUCUGACUUUCUGGACAAACUGAUGGGUCGCACAUCUGGCUACGACGCUCGCAUCAGACCCAACUUCAAAGGUCCUCCUGUGAAUGUCACCUGCAACAUCUUCAUCAACAGCUUUGGAUCCAUCACUGAAACAACUAUGGAUUACCGGCUCAAUGUAUUUCUGCGACAGCAGUGGAACGACCCAAGACUGGCAUAUAAGGAGUAUCCAGAUGACUCUCUGGACCUGGAUCCGUCCAUGUUGGACUCCAUUUGGAAGCCUGACCUGUUCUUUGCAAAUGAAAAAGGAGCAAACUUCCAUGAGGUUACAACAGACAACAAACUGCUUCGGAUAUUUCAAAAUGGAAAUGUCCUCUACAGCAUCAGGCUGACGCUCACCCUCUCCUGCCCCAUGGAUCUGAAAAACUUCCCCAUGGACAGCCAGACGUGUACCAUGCAGCUCGAAAGCUUUGGCUAUACUAUGAAUGAUCUCAUUUUUGAAUGGCUGGAUGUGGGUGCUGUGCAGGUGGCUGAUGAUCUGGUGCUCCCUCAGUUUUUGCUGAAGGAGGAAAAAGGUCUCGGCUACUGCACCAAGCACUACAACACAGGUAAAUUCACCUGCAUUGAGGUUAAAUUCUACCUGGAGCGCCAAAUGGGCUACUACUUAAUCCAGAUGUACAUACCGAGCCUGCUCACCGUCAUCCUGUCCUGGGUGUCAUUCUGGAUCAACAUGGAUGCGGCUCCAGCCAGAGUGGGCCUGGGUAUCACUACAGUGCUCACCAUGACAACGCAGAGCUCUGGCUCGAGGGCUUCCCUGCCAAAGGUGUCCUAUGUGAAAGCCAUAGACAUCUGGAUGGCGGUGUGUCUUCUGUUCGUGUUUGCUGCAUUACUGGAGUAUGCAGCUGUGAAUUUUGUUUCACGCCAGCACAAGGAGUUCUUCAGACUGAGGAAGAAGCUCAAAGAGCAACAACGGCAGAGAACUCAGGGAAGCGGUGAAAGUAAAGUGAAAGGAAGCAACAUGUCAGGCAACAAUGCUCCUCAAGGGAACGUAGCCCAGCAGUGCAGUGCUUGUGCCAGGGAGGAGGAGCUGGCACAGCAGGGUUUACUCUUCCAGAGUUAUGGAAUUGCACUGGGAACAGGAAGUGCGCCAGAAAUGGAUGCAACGCCAGUCUUUGCUGAUUUACCUCCUGGCUUAGGUUUCUAUGAUAUACGUAGACGCUUUGUGGAUCGGGCAAAAAGGAUUGAUACCAUCUCCCGAGCUCUUUUCCCCAUGAGCUUCCUCAUGUUUAAUGUCCUCUACUGGCUCACCUACAAAGUUCUACGACAUGAAGAUGUUCAAGCUAUACUGUAG